GAAGCGGAAGCGGGCCUAGGCCGUCCCCGGAGCGGCCAUCUUGGAGGCUGAGCGGCGGUAGCGGCGGCGAGGCUGCUUGCGGCGGGUGCGGUGGGCCGAGUCCCAGCGCGGGUGCGGCUCACGGCGCGGGCCCCACUCUUCCGCACCCUGCUCUGGCCUCGACCACGGCGAACCUGAACGCGGCCGCGGCCUCAGGGAGAGGUGAGCGCUCGCGGGCUGCGCGGGGCCUCGGGCCGCUCGUUCGCCCCGCCGGAGCCGGCUGCAGCGGCGGGCGGGGACGCGGGGACGCCACACGUCGGGUCCCGUUGGUUACGUCGCCGGCUGUGCCCGGACCCGAGGUGCUGGGCAAGUUGAGCUCUCUGGCCCACAUGGCUUCUGAAGCUAAGAACUUGGGGACAAUGCUUUCUGGAAGCAUUUCUUGGCCAUGCUGGACUGUAACCUUGUUCCUGGUGUGAGCAUUCUUGGAUGCAUCAGGCAAAAGCCCUUGAUUCUGCCAGAAAGAUGAGCAAUAACAGCAAUAAGAGAGCUCCAACAACAGCAACACAAAGGUUGAAGCAGGACUACCUUCGAAUUAAGAAAGACCCAGUGCCUUACAUCUGUGCAGAGCCCCUCCCUUCAAAUAUUCUUGAAUGGCAUUAUGUUGUCCGAGGCCCUGAGAUGACUCCUUAUGAAGGUGGCUAUUAUCAUGGAAAACUAAUUUUUCCCAGAGAAUUUCCAUUUAAGCCUCCUAGUAUUUACAUGAUAACCCCCAAUGGAAGAUUUAAGUGCAACACAAGGCUGUGUCUCUCCAUCACAGAUUUCCACCCAGAUACAUGGAAUCCAGCGUGGUCCGUCUCCACCAUUCUAACAGGGCUCCUGAGCUUUAUGGUGGAGAAAGGCCCCACCCUGGGGAGCAUAGAGACGUCGGACUUCACGAAAAAACAGCUGGCAGCACAGAGUCUAGUGUUUAAUUUAAAAGAUAAAGUCUUUUGUGAAUUAUUUCCUGAAGUUGUGGAGGAAAUUAAACAGAAACAGAAAGCACAAGAUGAACUAAGUAACAGGCCCCAGAAUCUUCCUUUGCCAGACGUGGUUCCUGAUGGGGAGCUGCACCGUGGCCAGCAUGGGAUCCAGCUCCUCAAUGGGCACGCACCCGCUGCUGGCCCCAACCUCGCUGGGCUCCCACAGGCCAACAGGCAUCACGGACUCCUGGGCGGCGCGUUGGCGAACUUGUUUGUUAUAGUUGGGUUUGCAGCCUUCGCCUACACGGUCAAGUACGUGCUGAGAAGCAUAGCACAGGAGUGAGGGUCACAAGCCACAGCCUACAGUUGCUGCCGAGGGACACAGGGCCAGAGCUUGAUGCCGGCGUGAAGGACGUGCUGGCACAGGGUGGCCUGCCGGACUCCCGGGCUUCACUUUUUACAAACCUUAAAGAGAAAGCAAAAACCAAAAUGUGAUCUGGAGGAGACUGGUGGUUCUCAACUCCCUCUUGAGGUUGACUGGACGGAGCCACUCGCGCUCUGGUUUUACUGCUUAUCUCCUGUGUUGUCUUUUGACCCUGUUUAGUAAACCUGUUUUGUUGGUUUUGUUUUGUUUUGUUUUUCAUUUUAUUAGAUUUGGUCACUUAAAAUAUAAAACUUUAAUGCCUAUCAAAUACUCUGUGUGUGUUCUUAGUGGAGGAGCUGAAAGCCUCCUGGUGGGGCUAAGUGGGCCGGCUGGUCUAGGAGAGGACUGAUUUGAUCUCAUUGUAAAAUUGCUUCUGAGUGAGAGAAGACUCACACAAAGUGCCGGUUCUGCUUUCUGUUAAGGUAGAAGCAGCAGCUUGCUCUCUGACCACAAAGUGCUGCACUUAGAACCGUGGCUGAGGACUGUGGUGAAGGACUGUGGGUAGCCCAGGUACUGCUGUCAACCUUAGUACCUCUGCUUUCAGCUCCCUUGAGUGAUGGAGAAGUAGGAGCCUUGGUAACCCUGGUUCCUUAUGUCCAGUUGGCCAGAAGCCGGCCCUCCUAUGUUGGCAGACAGUGCACUCCAAGUUCUUUCAUAUCUUACGGUAGGCUACACCAUCCUUUCCGGGUGACCUAUGUAAGAUGUCGCUCUCUACAGAUCAUGGAGAGGGAAACUGCCCAGAACACGUCACCAGGCCACCAGUAAGCUGGCAAGCUCCCUUAUGGAUGUCAUCUCUUUGAGAUUUUGCUUAAUGUACCUGCAGUAGUUGUUUGGGAAGGCUAACAUCGUCUGUGUUGGGCAUCAAUCAUCACCAGGGGCUCCUAAAAGCCUUCUAAGCCCACCUCCUUUCAGGGGCCAUGGUAAAGCUGAAGUGCUCCCAUGUGAUGAUUACCUGUAAUUCAGCUCUGUGGUUUACAACUAGUAUGUAUAUACCAUGUAGUCCUCUCCUAAAACGGUCUUUAGUUACCCCUUUGCUCUGAACUCCACGAUGUCUGUGUUAAUGUCCCUUCCCUGGUAGGCUGUGACCAAGUGCAAUGCCUGGCUUGUGAGAAGGGAAUGUUGCAGCUGCCAAAAGGUAGAUUGACAACCCUUGGUUGGGCCUGUGCAACCUGUGCAGCCUUCGGUGGGUGGAGCCCUACAGACAUGUGCUUCCUACUAUUGGUAGAUGGUAAUUUUUCCCUGGUCCCAGAGUGCUCCGUUGCAAAUUACCUCAAUUCCAAAUUGGUGUUUCCUGAAGUUCUUGAAAGACAGAACAUUAUCGAAUUUAGUCCUCUGAAAUCUCAGCACCACCCCCAGCCCCCUGGCCCCAGCAUGGCCUUUAUGGGAGUUUAGGGAUUUCAAGACAGGGUUUCUCUGUGUGUCCCCAGCUGUCCUAGAACUCACUCUAUAAAUCAAGCUGUCCUUCAUCUCAGAUCCACGUGCCUUUGCCUCCCAAGAGCUAGGAUUCAAGGUGUGGGCCUCCAUUGCCCAACUGAAAGCUCAACUUUGAUUUUAAAAAAUUUUUAAGAUUUAUUUAUUUUAUUAUAUGUAAGUACACUAGCUGUCUUCAGACACUUCAGAAGAGGGUGUCAGAUGGUUGUGAACCACCAUGUGGUUGCUGGGAUUUGAACUCAGGACCUCUGGAAGAGCAGUCAGUACUCUUAACCACUGAGCCAUCUCACCAGCCCUUUUUUAAAAUUUUUAAUUGGUUAUUUUGUUUAUUUACAUUUCAAUUGUUAUCCCCCUUCCCGGUUUUCUCUCCAAAGAACCCCCAUCCCAUCCUCCUGCCUCCAUGAGGGUGCUCCCCCACCCAGUCCUGCCCCACCACCCUACUGCCCUUCACUGGGGCAUCAAGCCUUCACAGGACCAAACUCUUAACAGCUCAGAAGGAAAGAAAAUUUUAGGAAGUGCUUGUUCUUAGGGUAGAAGUAAAAAGCAGCCUGCUCUCUGGCCACAAGGUGUCGCACUUAGUGUACGACUGAAGAGUGCUGUGCCGGCUUGGCAGGUUAGCCCCAACACUUCUCCCAGCUUUGAGUGCUACAGGACCCUAGAGUGUCCACUGUGUGUUCCGUGCUCUGACCCCCGAAUAAAAGGUGGCCUUUUUAACCAUUGGCUCAAG